AUGCUUGCAGCAAAUCCCAGCAAACGGCAUACCGCUGUGCAAAUAACCACUUGCUUCAACUGUCAGAUAGCAUCCAACAUUCUUCGGACACCAGCAUCACCCGGAAUCAUUAAACGAAUUGACCGCUUACCUCUCUCAUCCCCUGCACCCUCUUACCCCUCUCAUCCCCUGCACCCUCUUACCUAUGUCGCCUCCUGCACCCUCUUACCUCUCUCACCUCCUGCGCCCUCUUACCUCUGUCACCUCCUGCACCCUCUUACCUCUCUCACCCUCUGCACCCUCUUACCUCUCUCACCCUCUGCACCCUCUUACCUCUGUCGCCUCCUGCACCCUCUUACCUCUCUCACCCCCUGCACCCUCUUACCUCUGUCGCCUCCUGCAUCCUCUUACCUCCCUUACCCCCUGCACCCUUUUACCUCUGUCGCCUCCUGCACCCUCUUAUCUCUCUCACCCCCUGCACCUCUCUCAUCCCCUGCACCCUCUCACUUCUCUCACCCCUGCACCCUCUUACCUCGGUCGCCUCCUGCACCCUCUUAUCUCUCUCACCCACUGCAUCCUCUUACCUCUGUCACCUCCUGCACCCUCUUACCUCUGACGCCUCCUGCACCCUCUUGCCUCUGUCACCUCCUGCACCCUCUUACCUCUCUCACCCUCUGCACCCUUUUACCUCUGUCGCCUCCUGCACCCUCUUACCUCUCUCAUCCCCUGCACCCUCUCACCUCUUUCAACCCCUGUACCCUUUUACCUCUGUCGCCUCCUGCACCCUCUCACCUCUUUCAACCCCUGCACCCUCUUACCUCUGUCGCCUCCUGCACCCUCUUACCUCUCUCACCCCCUGCACCCUCUUACCUCUCCUCCUGCACCCUCUUACCUCUGUUGCCUCCUGCACCCUCUUAUCUCUCACCCCUGCAUCCUCUUACCUCUCUCAUCCCCUGCACCCUCUUACCUCUGUCGCCUCCUGCACCUUCUUACCUCUCUCACCUCCUGCACCCUCUUACCUCUCUCACCCUCUGCACCCUCUUACCUCUGUCGCCUCCUGCACCCUCUUACCUCUCUCAUCCCCUGCACCCUCUCAACUCUUUCAACCCCUGCACCCUCUUACCUCUGUCGCCUCCUGCACCCUCUUACCUCUCUCACCCUCUGCACCCUCUUACCUCUCUCACCUCCUCACACAUCAACCCAAAGAAGAACUCACAUUAA